UUUUUUAAAGAAUGCUUUUAAGAUUUGAAGCACACUAUAAUUGCAAAUUUCUUACAAUUUAGCACACUUUUUCAAAAGGGUAAGUUUAACAGUAAUGUUACAGUCAAAAACACAGAUUUCUCCACAAGUCAUAUCAGCUUCCCAAGCAAAGCUGUUGCAAUAAUCCAUUGUUAUUUUAAGUCAAUGGGAAGAUAAUGAUUAAAAGGAGUAAUGCUGAUGAAAAACCACACGUUGCAUAACUGAGUCAAAGGCCAUCAUGUGAGGAGGAAUCGAAGAGAGAAAGAAAGAAGGAAUUUAGUUAACACUGUAAAAAGAGUGACAGCACAAAUAGUAAGGAAAGACAAAGAAAAAAGGAAAGAAAAAAAGAGAAAACAAUGGUGAAGACACAUAGAUGCAAGAAACUCUCAUGUAAAGAGCAACCUUUGGACCAAGAAUGGCAUAGAAGAAUAGAGAGCCUAGAUGUGAAUUCCAGUCCUUCAUUGAUGCUGAAUAUUGCCCUUGCACUCCAACAUGUGCUGGUUCUGUCCUCUCUGUGUGCGCUGGUUGUGGAAACACUCAUUCAGGAAGUAGACAAAGACAGAAUAGUGGCCUAUGUGUUCUUUAACUCAGGUAUAUCUACGCUGUUGCAGAGCUGGAUUGGAUCACGUUUGCCAUUGAUCUUGGCUCCAUCUUUGGACUUUCUGAUCCCUGCCUUGGCUCUGCUUUCUGCUCAGUCAGGGACUGCUGUGGCCUGCAGGGGGCAGUGCACUGAACCAGAGGAGCCUGUGGCCCCAGCACUCCCAAUAAGAGAGUUGAGAGGCAUGGCUGUGGUUGCAGGUAUGGUGCAGCUCGCUGUGGGUUUGACUGGUCUGGUUGGCUUUGCACUGGGACAUUGUGGACCAUUAGUUCUGGCUCCUCUUCUCUGCAUUCUGGGUUUUUCCAUCUACAGGGAGGCAGCACUGUUUUGUUCUGACCACUGGGGCAUGGCUGCACUGGCAGUUGUUCUUCUGGUGAUCCUGUCUCAGCAUCUGCACUACUUUCUGCGGCUGUCAGCAUUCUCCGUCUGCAAGAGACUUUCUGUACUUCUGUCUGUGAUGGUGACGUGUGGUGUCUGUGCUGCAUUGGUGCAUUGGGGACAUGUCCAUCUGAACUCUGUGACCCACAUGCUCUCAACAAAGAGAAACGCCACCUUCAUUCAGUCCAGGAACGGCCCACACUCAUCUGACUUUGUCUUUCCUAAUGACUCUGUACCCUGGCUGGACUUCCCCCUUCCAGCUCCAGCGCUCCCCCUGCUGUCUGGGAAAAGCAUUGCAGCAGGAGUGGCAGCAGGCCUGUCUAGCAGCAUUAGCUCUCCGGCUGUCUACGUGGUGGCAGCUCGGCUCCUGAAGGCUCCUGUGGCCCCAGCACAUGCCUGUAACAGGGGCCUGUGUGUGGAUGGACUGGGAAGUGUGCUCUCUGGCCUGAUGGGGGCGCCAGCAGGAAUGUGCAGCAGUGUGCCUAAUGCAUGUGUUAUUGGGCUCAGCCAGUCUGGGUCCCGGAGCAGUGUGCAGCUCGCUGGGGUGUUGUUGUUAAUUCUCGGGGUGUCUCCUCAAUUAGCUCAGAUGGUCUGCUCAGUCCCUCUGGCCAUCCAUGGUGCGGUGCUCAGCGUGACCUACACGCUUUCCGUAGCAACAGGGAUAACUUAUUUCCAACAUGCAGAUGUUGACUCUGGACGCAACAUUUUUAAUAUCGGCUUCACAGUGUUCAUGUCACUAGCACUGCCACGCUGGUUCAGACUUCACUCUAACUUCAUACAAACAGGUGUACCCAGUGUUGAUGUGUUUCUCCGGUCUCUUUUAACCUUGCCCGUUCUCUUUGUGGGGGUUUUGGCUUUUCUUCUAGAGCACACGGUUUCAGGGACUUUGCCUGAGAGGGGUCUUGCGCGACAUGAAGGCACAAAGAAGAUUCUGUCUCUCGCUGACCUGCAGCAGGGUUACAGCCAUAGUCCAAACAUGGUGUAUGACCCUCCUCCACUCGUGAUGAAAGUGCUGGACCUGAGGGGCUUGAGAAGCGUCCCGUUCUGUGCCUGCAGAAGCCCUCCUGUUGAAGAGGUGGUAGUGACAGUCCCAGAGAUGUCUAGCCUAUUACCUGACAAGGAUGCUGCUGUUAGCAGCAGCUGAAGUUGUUCACUCCAACUUCUAUUGUAGUUUUUUUGUAUUUAACUUUUUAUAAAUUGUAUUAUGUUUAUGAGUGGUACAGUUUUGUAUUACUUCAACCUUUUUGACUUGAGGACCCACCCAUUAAUCAACAAAAUGUAAUUAUUUAUUAGAUAAUUUAAGUUAGAUUGUUUUAUUUUAUUAAUAAUAUUACUAUUAUGAAUAAUUCAUUAAUAGUAAUAUAUUAAUUUGAGGCUCCUUCAUUGGUCCCAGCCGCUGGUUCAGAAUAACUGGAUAGAGUGCAUAACUUGAGUUUCGGAGGUGAAAUUGAUCAAAAAUUGAUUUUUAAUAUAAUUUUAAAGAUUUUUAAGACCUGUUUUGAGCUCCAAGGUUCUUGAUCGGUGGUAAAUGCUUUUCUUAGAAUUUGUAAUGGAAAAACUACAUUACCCAUGAUACCUUGCAGAAAAUUCCACCAAUGAGAGAGCAAGUGAGCAAACUUUGGCAAAAGAGCUCGCAGAGAACAUCCACUGCAUGAAUCAUCACAAAUAACUUAAUAUUCUGGUGUACUCUUAAAAUGGCUAAAUAAUUUAAUAUAUAUGAAUAUUUUCAGAAAAUUUAAAUUAUGUUGUUUUAUAGCUAUAAUAAAAAAAAA